UACACACAUAGAUACAAGUACAAGGGCAAAGCUCCACCGCCAUGAUCUCUAUAUAUAUUGAGUUCUGAAUGUAUAGCUCUUCGGCAACAGAAUUACAGAAAUCGCUUUCUCUAGGUUCCAUUUCUAUCGGCCAACGGAGGAAUAUGAUUCCCGCCGGCGACAACGUCGUUGUGUCUACGAUGAAGCUCGAGAAGUUGCUUAGCAUGAAAGGAGGCCAAGGAGAGGCCAGCUACGCCAACAACUCUCAAGCUCAGGCGAAGCAUGCUCGGUGUACGCUUCAUCUUCUGAAAGAGACGCUGGACAGAGUGCAACUGGAGUCGCCGGAAGUCCCGUUCGUGGUGGCGGACUUGGGAUGCUCCUCCGGCACGAACACCAUAUACAUCGUUGAUGUGAUCGUCAAGCACGUGAUCAAGCGGUACGAGGCCGUGGGGUGUGAGCCGCCGGAGUUUUCGGCUUUCUUCUCCGACCUGCCGUCGAAUGACUUCAACACUCUCUUCCAACUCCUGCCGCCCUUGGCCAGCAAUGGCGGCAGCAUGGAGGAGUGCCUGGCGGCGCCCAACGGCCACCGCUCCUACUUCGCCGCCGGAGUCCCUGGAUCCUUCUACCGGCGCCUCUUUCCGUCCAGAUCUGUUGACGUCUUCUACUCCGCAUUUUCCUUGCACUGGCUCUCUCAGGUGCCUGAAGCGGUGAUAGACAAGAGAUCGCCAGCCUACAACAAGGAGAGGGUAUUCAUCCACGGGGCGACGGAGGCGACGGCGAACGCUUACCGGAAACAAUUCCAGGCGGACCUGGCGGCGUUUCUGAGAUCAAGAUCCGAGGAGAUGAAGCGGGGGGGUUCAAUGUUCUUGGUCUGCCUGGGCCGGACGUCCGUGGACCCCACUGACCAAGAUGGGGCCGGGCUCCUCUUCGGGACCCACUUUCAGGAUGCCUGGGAUGAUCUUGUCCAAGAGGGGCUUAUUACAAGCGAGAAGCGCGACAACUUCAACAUUCCAGUGUACGCCCCGAGCCUGCAGGACUUCAAAGAGGUGGUGGAGGCGAACGGCUCCUUCGCCAUCAACAGGCUGGAGGUGCUCAGAGGGGGAAGCCCUCUGGUGGUGGACUCCCCAGACGACGCCGCCGAAGUCGGCCGAGCCCUAGCCAACAGCUGCCGGACGGUUAGCGGCGUCCUCGUCGACGCCCACAUCGGCGACCGCCUCGGCGAGGAGCUCUUUUCGCGUGUCCAGACCCGCGCUAGCCGCCAUGCCAAGGAGCUGCUGGAGCAGCUCCAGUUCUUUCACAUUGUCGCCUCCCUUUCGUUUGCUUAAUUAAGAGGCGAAGAAAAAUCACAAAAUAAAAAAAUAAACAAAAAGAAAGAAAGGGGUAAUUUGGACUUUUUUAUUUUGGCUCUCUUUUGUAUGAAAAUCAAGUAGUAGGGGAAAAUAGGAACAGAAAAAGAGUGGAAAGGGGAAGGAAGGAGGAUCAGAAAGCAGUUGUGUUUGUGGGUGUUUUUAGGUCUUGGCACCAUUAGCAUUAGCAUUAACAUUUGAUGGUGGUUUGGUUUAUGUGCUUUUUGGGUUUUUUCUUUUCUUUUUCUUUUUCUUUUUAUAGAAAAUAUGCUUUUUGGUGUUGCUUUAUAGCUAAAGGAAAUUGAAUAAGGCCAGGCCAGGCCGGCUAUA